AUGAUGGGCCUGGUUCCUCCAUUAAAAAUCGCUUACCAUCCCUGCCUGCCACCCUCAAAAUCAUUAACCCUUUCAAGGUUACAACAUUUUAUUUUGUCUGAAUAUCUCCCCAUCCUUUCUUUCUUUCUUUCUUUCUUUCUUAAUAUCUCCCUCCUUUUCUUUUGUCUGAAUAUCUCCCCAUCCUUUCUUUCUUUCUUUCUUUCUUUCUUAAUAUCUCCCUCCCUUCCUUUUAUAUCUCCCUCCCUUUUUUCUUUCUUUCUUAAUAUCUCCCUCCCUUUCUUUUCCUCUUUCUUUCUUAAUAUCUCCUCCUUUCUUUUGUCUGAAUAUCUCCUUUCUUUCUUCUUAAUAUCUCCUCCCUUUCUUUUGUCUAUGAAUAUCUCCCCAUCAAAAAAUAUCUCCUCCAAGUCUGAAUAUUCUCCCCGUCAAAAUAUCUCCCUCCCUUUCUUUUGUCUGAAUAUCUCCCCAUGGGAAUCCUUUCUUUCUUUUUUCUUUUUCUUAAUAUCCUCCCUCCUUUCUUUUUGCCUGAAUAUCUCUCCCAUCUUUUUUUCUUUCUUAAAUAUCUCCCUCCCUUUCUUUUUGUCUGAAUAUCUCCCCCAUUCUUUCUUUUCUUUUUCUUUUUUUCUUUCUUAA